ACAGCUGCUUUCUUUUUGAAAAUCAUGUUGCGAGAAAGAGGUAAUUUAUUCCAUGCUAAUUACUACCAAACAAAUUGAACUUUCCAAAUGAUUGGGUUUUGAAGUUUAUAUGCAUAUACGCUAGGUUAAACAACAACAACACUUGAUCUGGUCAAGACUUCGGUUUGGCAAAGAGAGAAACACUUGUCACACUUCACUGUUUGUUUAGACUACAGUGAUGUCGUCUGUAAGAUGUCCGCUAAAGAUAUCAAAAUAUCAAAGAUCAAUCGAUGUAAUAUGCCGUCGAUAAUUGGGACUGAAUCUAAGCGGAUGGUUUGAGYCAGUAUAAAUCGUCAAUUCAAUGGCCGCAAAUCUUAGCAACAAUACACUUCAAUAURCUACAGCGAGGCAUKUUUCUGUAGUUUAUCUCAUCAUAAUUGGAAUAGUAGGAAUUGUUAGUAACUUGUUGGUCGUUAUAGUGUUUGCCAAAUAUGAAAGACUGCGUACUGCUGCUAAUUUAUUUAUUCUAAACCUGGCRGUAUGUGACAUAAUMAUUUCAUCCUUGGACAGCGCUCUGUCAAUUCCUUCAACAUACAGCAAGCGUUGGAUUUUUAGCAGAACUGCUUGCGUAUGUUACGGAUUCUUGCACUAUUUCUUUAUAAGUAUUACUGUGAGCACACUGGCCGCCAUUUCUAUCGACCGUUUCUUCCACAUCACUAAGCCAACGCAAGUACAAACAUGGAGGAUUACGCGGACAAGAGCAUUAGGWAUGCUGUCUGUGAUCUACAUUUACGURUUGCUUUUUACAUUCCCGCCAUUGACUGGUUGGAACUCGUUUGUAACUGAAGACUACUUUUACAGUGGUUGCUAUAUAAACUACAGCGAUCAAGAUCCAGCCGCUAUUGGAUAUUCAGUGRUCGCGUCUGUGUUCCUAUUCUUGGCACCUUUAAUUAUCAUGRUCGUGUGUUAUCAUAGCAUAUACAGGGCUGUUCGAAAGAGCACUCGUAGGACUAUUGGGAGAAAACUAGGGCCUCCGGGAACUCCGGCUGGGCUGAGAAGGAAGUACCCCUUAUUUAAAAGAACACAUGUUCAGACAGCUAAAAUGAUAGUCGUGGUCAUAUUCUUCUGUGUCAUCGUCUGGCUCCCGUUUGUCGUUGUUUCUUUAAUUAAGGCAUUCACUGGCAAUUCAGUKGUGUCACCUUUGGGCUCCCACAUUACGCUUCUCAUUACCAAGUCUUGCGUGGUAUACAACGUACUAAUUUACGUAUUUUUAAACCGAAAGCUCAAAUCCGCAAUAACGCUACUGAUAUGUUGUGGAAAACCUCCCACAUGGAUGAGCAAAAACACCAAAAGUUCGAUUUCUAAGAUGCGAUUAAGUAAAGUGSUGAGUGAAACGGAUAGAGAGAUCCCAUCGGAUGUGAUGCGCAACCGCUUGAGCACACUAGCAGCUUUUGCGGAGCGCGAAAAUCACUCAGAAAACAGUUCAGAGCAGCCCACGCCUAAUGAGAAGCCAAAAGAAGUGGGAAUUAUCAAUACAGGAAUYAGUUSUUCUCCRCCGUCAUCUUUAUUAAGAAAUGGGGCAACCAAAACAAAUUCUUACCACGAUUUAAAGCUAUCUUCUAGUUUAAAAGCUGUUGCGUUUGAUGACAUAGCCUUGAGUGGCGUAAAUGAUCUCACAGGAGAACAUGAAACUAAAGUAUCUAAAUUGAGGUCAYCAUGUCAAAUACAUUCAGACUCUASACCAAAUGAUAUCCUGUCMUUUAGUGCACUUGAAGAGCAAAAACAAGCACAAAAUGGAAAACCACAUCCGGGUUUCGGAAACUCAGCCAUGGCCGAUGUCACAAAAGUCGAGGCGAACCGGCGAGCGAUUAGAAAAUUGAAUCAUAGAGAAGCUGGAAGUCGAAAGCUUCCCACUGUUCCAAAAACUGGUAAGACAAAGGACAUCGAAAUUGCUCAAAAUAAUAACGAACGCACUAAUAAAAUUGCCACCCCCACAAUUGCUGUCCAGCACAGCAGAGAGAAUUCCUCUUCGACAGUUCUACCGAGUUCCAAUAAUAGUACAAUGAGCGAGACAUCGCUUAAUACAAGUAUAAAAGAUGAUAGCUCUGUUGAUGUAUCCCCAAGAACUUUAUACGCAACGGCAGAAAAACAAAGACAUAUUUCCAAGAAAUCAAACACUAUUAGCUACCGAGGUGGUCGUAAUGCGCAUGCGUCGCUGAAAGAUCGGCUUAAAUUUUCCAGCAAGGAUCCYUUGAAUGUGUCACCKAGYGAAUUGCAGGAAAUCAGGAGUUACUGGAAACGAAUGAGUCUGUGCCUUGACGAGAUCAAUAUUGACGAAGAAAGAGAGAGAGCAAAAAAAAGCCCGCAGACAUGUUCUUCGAUAUCGAUCACGCGAGAACAAUGUUUUUCUCUUGUCACUCAAUCGGGCGAUUUUGCACUUGAAGAGCAAAAACAAGCACAAAAUGGAAAACCACAUCCGGGUUUCGGAAACUCAGCCAUGGCCGAUGUCACAAAAGUCGAGGCGAACCGGCGAGCGAUUAGAAAAUUGAAUCAUAGAGAAGCUGGAAGUCGAAAGCUUCCCACUGUUCCAAAAACCGGUAAGACAAAAGACAUCGAAAUUGCUCAAAAUAAUAACGAACUCACUAAUAAAAUUGCCACCCCCACAAUUGCUGUCCAGCACAGCAGAGAGAAUUCCUCUUCGACAGUUCUACCGAGUUCCAAUAAUAGUACAAUGAGCGAGACAUCGCUUAAUACAAGUAUAAAAGAUGAUAGCUCUGUUGAUGUAUCCCCAAGAACUUUAUACGCAACGGCAGAAAAACAAAGACAUAUUUCCAAGAAAUCAAACACUAUUAGCUACCGAGGUGGUCGUAAUGCGCAUGCGUCGCUGAAAGAUCGGCUUAAAUUUUCCAGCAAGGAUCCYUUGAAUGUGUCACCKAGYGAAUUGCAGGAAAUCAGGAGUUACUGGAAACGAAUGAGUCUGUGCCUUGACGAGAUCAAUAUUGACGAAGAAGUUUAGAAAUUUCUAUGUGCAAGUACAGAUGUUUCAGCAGUUAGUACUAUUGCCUGCGGUCUGCGGUUUCUCUUCGCGAUAGAGAGAGAGAGCAAAAAAAAGCCCGCAGACAUGUUCUUCGAUAUCGAUCACGCGAGAACAAUGUUUUUCUCUUGUCACUCAAUCGGGCGAUUUGUACUAACAGAUCACUUGUGCCAUAUUGCCACUAAUCAAGAAUUGACGUAAAAAUAUGUUAAAAAGGAAGCAACACCACAUUCCACGAGAGAGUUUUAGAUAUACUGAGAACAAGGAGCGAAGUUUCAGUAAAGAUUUCUCCUUGUCUCCUUGCCUUCACGGUUCCCUGCGCCAUCUUGAAAGCUAGCUAAGGCUUUGCAUUGAAUUCGGAGACGACCGCUGAGCUUGCAAUGAUAGAUACUAAUAUAUUUCUAUACUAUCACUGCAGGUCACUGCACGCUCAAUGGUCGUCUCGCGUUGAUGGAAAGACACGGUUGUCUCAAGAUUAUUGAAAGUAUUAAACAUCUUAUUGGCUGGCUUGCUAACCAAAUUACAUGACAGGGUUUAGGGUCUUCGCGAAUACCUUUCAUCUUUGUCACUUAGUCAUUUUUCUUCUUAGCAUCUUAUAGUCUGAAAACUCUAAAACUGAAGUGCUCUUUUCAAAAGUGGUGUUUUUUUAACGAGGAUAAUUGCUUAGGUGAUAUAGGGCCACUUGAGCUGACCUGUUAUACACCCUUUUAAUAAGUCCCGAGGUAUUACGUUCUCCGCACUU